CAGCGAACGCUGGACACUGGGACGGCCGCGGCGGCAGCUUGCAAGACCAUGGCCCAACCCGGAGGGGCCGCGAACCGGGCACCCACGGCCUCUCUGGCGCCGACCGCGCAGAGCCUGCGGUGCGCCCCGCAGCCCCGCCCCUCGAGAGCGGACACUGGUAGCCUGGGCAGGUACUGGGGCAAAGCCGCAGCCACUGCCUCCCGGGAGCCCCCCUUCCCAGGCACGCUGAUGCACUCUGGAGCGGGCUCAGGGCGCCGGCGGGGAGCGCUGCGGGAACUGCUGGGGCUGCAGCGGGCGGCUCCUGCCGGGUGGCUGUCGGAGGAGCGCGCCGAGGAGCUGGGCGGGCCCAGCGGGCCGGGCAGCAGCAGGCUGUGCCUGGAACCGCGGGAGCACGCGUGGAUUCUGGCGGCCGCCGAGGGCCGCUAUGAGGUGCUGCGGGAGCUGCUGGAGGCUGAGCCGGAGCUGCUGCUGCGGGGCGACCCGAUCACCGGCUACUCGGUUCUGCACUGGCUGGCCAAGCACGGGCGCCACGAGGAGCUCAUUCUAGUACACGACUUCGCCCUACGCCGGGGGCUGCGGCUCGACGUGAGCGCCCCAGGCAGCGGCGGCCUCACGCCCCUCCACCUGGCGGCCCUUCAGGGUCACGACAUGGUCAUCAAGGUGCUGGUGGGCGCCCUGGGUGCCGACGCUACGCGCCGCGACCACAGCGGCCACCGGGCCUGCCACUACCUGCGGCCCGACGCGCCUUGGAGGUUGCGGGAGCUGUCGGGAGCCGAGGAAUGGGAGAUGGAGAGCGGCAGCGGGUGCACCAACCUGAACAACAACAGCAGCGGCAGCGCUGCGUGGAGGGCCGCGAGCGCAGUGGGCGCGACGGCUGUGGAGACAAGCAGAAGAGCGGCGGCGUCGCGGACCAAGGCGAAGGACACCGCGGGCAGCCGGGUGGCGCAAAUGCAUGGCCUUUUCCGCCAUCUGUUCCCCUCAUUCCAGGACCGUUGACAGGGACAGAGACUGGAGAGCUAGGAGGGGCCGCGACGCUGUGGCGAUGGCUAGGUCCUGGGUUGUCCCGGGUUCCACCGAAGGAGAGGCGCCUUGGACGCUGCUUGGGCCUGCAAGGAACAGAACAUGUCGGGGUCCAACUCAGGUACUUGUCUCAGGUCUCCUGUAACCACCGGCCUGGAGGACCUGGGGACUCGGGCACCACCUCACCAAGAGAGAGUGAAGGACCAAGCUGGCCUGGCUCCGAGUUCCAAAGCUACACGACUAAGGAGUUGGGAGAAGGGAUCGUGGUCCUGCUUGGGAGAGGGCAGGUUAAGCUUCCAGUGGCCAUUUCUGGGCAGGCCGACGCGCAGGGUUUAUUUUCUUUUUUUCUUUUUUUUUUUUUCUUUUUUUUUUUGAGACGGAGUCUCGCUCUGUCACCCAGGCUGGAGU